CCCACCCCAAGGCCAGACCCCUCCCUUAAUUAACGACCCCCCGCCGGGCCUUAAUUAACACUGAUCAGCGCUAAUUAGCUCUUAAUGAGCGGUAAUUAAUAUGGAUUAAGCUCCUGGGCACCGCCCCUGACCCCUAUUAACCCCUAAUUAAUCCUUAAUUAACUCCCUGCCCCUCCUCUCGACACUCCCCGAGCCUUAAUUAACUCUAAUUAACCACUCAAUAACUCUUAAUUAGCCUUAAUUAACCUCCUGGUCACCUCCCCGACCCCUAAUUAACCCCUAAUUAAUCCUUAAUUAACUCCCUGCCCCUCCUCCGGAUACUCCUCGAGCGUUAAUUAACCUUGAUUCACCACUAAUUCCCCCUAAUUAGCUUAAUUACCCCCAUCCCCCCCAAGAGACCUCCCCCCCCAACCCCUAAUUACCCCUAAUUAACCUUAAUUAACCUCCGGAUCCCCGCCGACCCCUAAAAAACCCUUAAUUAACCCCCCGACCUUAAUUAACCCCCCCGACCCCCCCAUUAAUUACACUGCCCCCCCAUUAACCUCCCCGGCCCCUAAUUAACCUCUAAUUAACCCUUAAUUAACCCUUAAUUAAGCCCUUGUUGCUCCCCCAGGACUCGGUGUCCCUUAAUUAUCCACUAAUUACCCUUAAUUAACCCCUAAUUAACUCUCCCCUCCCCCCAGGAACCCCCACAGGGGCCCCUCAUUAACUCCCCAAUUAACUAAUUAAUUAAUUACCGCCUCCAUGCCCAGGGGGUUCCAGCAGAUCCAGGAGGAGGAGGAGGAGGAUGAGGGGGGUCCCGGCUCGUUCCCCGGGCGGGGGUCGCCGCCCCCAGCCCCCCCCCCGGUGGCGCUGACCCCCGCCCUGGCCCUGACGGUGUUCGCGGCCUCGCUGAGCUCGCUCGGCUUCGGCUUCAACAUCGGCGUCAUCAACGCCCCCCAGAAGGUGAUCGAGGGCGAGUACAACGCCACCUGGGCGCGGCGCUGGGGGUCGCCGCCCCCUCCCCAGACGCUGUCGCUGCUCUGGGCGCUCUCGGUCGCCAUCUUCUCCGUGGGGGGGAUGGGCACGGCCCUGGCGGGCGGGGCCAUGGCCGAGCGCCUCGGCAGGAAAGGCGCCCUAUUGGCCACCAACGGCCUGGCCGUGGUGGGCGGGGCCCUGAUGGGCGGGGCCAAGCUGGGCCCCACCUACAUCCUCAUCAUCAUCGGCCGCUUCAUCGUCGGCGCCUACUCAGGGCUGGUCUCGGUGCUGGUGCCGCUCUACGUGGGCGAGGUGGCGCCGCUGCGCCUGCGGGGGGCGCUGGGGACCCUGCACCAGCUCGGCAUCGUCCUGGGCAUCCUGGUGGCGCAGGUGCUGGGGCUGCGGGCGCUGCUGGGGACGCCGAGGGCGUGGCCUGCGCUGCUGGGGGCGGGGCUUCUUCCGGCGGCGCUGCAGCUGCUGCUGCUGCCGCUGUGUCCCGAGAGCCCCCGGUUCCUGCUGGCCCGGGGCCAGCGCGGCCGCGCGCGCCGCGGCCUAUUGCGAUUGGCCGGCCCGGCGGCAGAGGCGGGGCUGGCAGCGCUGGAGGCGGAGCUUGGCCGAGGCCCCGCCCCCAAGGUGGGGCUGCUGGAGCUGUGCCGGAGCCGCCGCUACCGGCAGCCGCUGAUCGUCACCCUGGGGCUGCAGCUGGCGCAGCAGCUCUCGGGCAUCAACGCGAUCUUCUAUUAUUCGACGUCCAUCUUUGAGGGGGCGGGGCUUCAGGACCCGGCUGUUGGCACCAUCGGAACGGGCGUGGUCAACGUGGCGGCCACCGCCCUGUCGGUGGUGCUGGUGGAGAGGGCGGGGCGCCGCGUGCUGCAGCUGGUGGGGCUGCUGGGCAUGAUGGGAUGCGCCGGGACCCUGGGCGUGGCCCUGAAGCUGGGGGGUCCCUUUUGGGGGGCUCUGGCGCUGGGUUCUGCCCUGGCCUUCGUGGGGUUCUUCGCGGUGGGGCCGGGCCCCCUGCCCUGGUUCGUGGGGGCCGAGCUGUUCCCGGCCGGGCCCCGCGGGGCCGCGCUCGCCCUGGCUGGGCUCGUCAACUGGGCCAGCAACACCGCCGUGGCCAUGGCCUUCCCCUCCCUGCAGGCCCGGCUGGGUCCCCUGGUGUUCCUGCUCUUCUCGGCGCUCCUGGGGGGUUUCUCCCUCUUCACCUUCCUGCUGCUCCCGGAGACGCGCGGCCGCCCCUUCCCCGAGGGCGACCCCCAGACCCCCCCGGAGCCCCCCCUGGCCCUGCUGGGACCCCUCGAGAAGGACACGGAGCUGCAGAGCCUGGCCGGCCACGAGGAGCCCUGAAACGGGGCGAGACCCCAAAAUUUUGGGGCUUUUUGGGGUGAAAAACCCAAAAAUUGGGAUUUUUUAAAGGCGAUUUUUGGCCGAUUUUCGCAUUUUUUGGGCUGAUUUUGUGUUGCCCCCCCCUCAAAUUUUACCAUUGGAGUCCAUGUUAGGACCCCCCCAAAAAUUUGGGGCUUUUGGGGUCGAUUUUGGGGAAAAUCUCCAAAAAUUUGGGGGUUUUUUUUGGGCAAAAACCCCAAAAAUUUGGUGUUUUUUCAGGUGAUUUAGGUCCGGUUUUGGGGGAGUCUUUGGGCCUUUUGAGGCUGAUUUUUGGGCAAAUCCCCAGAAAUUUGGGGGCUUUUUUGGCACUUUGGAGUUGAUUUUGGGGGAACCCCAAAAAUUUGGGGCCUUUUUGAGGCGAAACCCCCAAAAUUUGGGUUUUUUUAAGGCAAUUUCCGGCCGAUUUUCGCAUUUUUUGGGCUGAUUUUGGGGCGUCUUCCCCCAAAUUUUGACCCUUUGGGGUUGAUUUUGAGGGGACCCCCAAAAAUCUGCGGCUUUUUGGGGUGCCUCAUCGAAAAUUUUGGGGCCUUUCGGGUCGAUUUUGAGGCAAAACCCCAAAAUUUUGGUUUUUAAAGACAAUUUUGGGGGUUUUGGGCCAUUUUGGGGCUGAUUUUAGGGUGAACCCCCCAAAUUUUAGCGAUUUUUUUGGCACUUUGGGGUCGAUUUUGGGGAGCCCCAAAAAAUUUCGAGCAUUCUGGGGGAAAUCUCCAAAAAUUUGGGGUUUUUAAGGCGUUUUUGGGGCGAUUUUCGAUUUUUUGGGCCCUUUCAGGCAGAAUUUGAGGAGCUCCCCCCCAAAUUUUGGGGUUUUUUUUGGGGCUCUCCCCAAAUUUUGGGGUUUUUCCCCUCCCAUUGUUUUCGGGGAGGGAUUUUGGGAGAAUUUUGGGAUUUUUGGGGUCUCUCCCCCUCCGGUUGUAAAUAAAGGUGAGAACAGAA